UAAUGUGCGCAGAUCCAACAAUUUCCAGAAACAAAACUCCUUCUUUUUAGUCUUUACCUGCUACAUCGGCGCAUUUUAGCCAACCACCAAACCCUAAGAAAGCAUUAUCCUUUCUUCUUUGCCUCUUGGCUUUGCUGCAGCUUUUUCUUACUAACCUAAUCCGACAAGAACAAUAAUAAUCAUGACAAUCAUUUUUUCCCACUGAGCAACUUUACCCCCAUGUUCUCUCUUCCUCCUCCCUUUACAGAUCCUGUUAUAACUUUUCUGAAAUUUUCUUUUUUGGCUAAAAGAAUUUGAAAAGAGAGAGUUUUUCUUCGAGCUUUAGAUCUGGUUAAACUGAGCUUGUUUGGAGCAAUGGAAGCACCAAAUGUUUCUUGGUCUUUGUCCUUUCUUUGACCUAGACUACCCACCGAGUUUCUUGCUUCGUCUUUAGAUUUCCGUAGGCUCUUCCUUACCAGGCUCUGUUUCUAGGAACUUGUAGUUCAGUCUUGCGCUGCCUUCUUGGCGUUUACGCGGGUGUUGCUCUUACUGGUGGCUUCCCUUCACAUAUCAGCUCUACUUUCACAGAGCGAAAGAUUUUAAGAGAGAGAAGCUGAGACUUCUGAAUAAUGCUGACCAUUGGAAAUCCUACCACCGGUCUCCGUAACAGCACUACCUGCGCUGCUCUGCUCAGAGAACUUGAGCAAAUAUGGAAUGAUAUUGGAGAAACUGAAGUGGAUAGAGACCGCAUGUUGUUGGAACUUGAGAGAGAAUGCUUAGAAGUUUACAGGAGAAAGGUUGAUGAGGCUGCCAACACCAAAGCACGCCUUCAUCAGACUGUUGCAGCCAAGGAAGCAGAGCUUGCAACACUAAUGGCUGCUCUUGGAGAACUUAAUAUGCAUUCACCGAUCAAGAUGGAGAAGAGAUCUUCAUCCCUGAAGGAAAAACUUGCAUCAGUCUCACCAUUGGUUGAAGAUUUGAAGAUGAAACAUGAGGAAAGACUGAAACAAUUUGCUGAUGUAAAGGCUCAAAUAGAAAAGAUAAGCGGCGAAAUUUCUGGAUACCAUCCUGCCAUCAGCACAUCAGCGCUUGUUGAACAGGAUCUGUCCCUUAGAAGACUUACUGAAUUUCAAACACAUCUUCGCAGUCUUCAAAAAGAGAAGUCUGACCGCCUUAAUAAGGUCUUGCAAUAUGUGAACGAGGUGCAUUCUCUAUGUGGUGUGCUUGGAUUAGAUUUUGGCCAGACAGUGGGUGAUGUGCAUCCAAGCUUGCAUGGGACUGAUGUGGAACAAUCGACUAAUAUUAGUAAUAACACGUUGGAAGGUCUGGAGCAUACCAUUAUGAGGUUAAAAGCAGAAAGGAAAGCUCGCAUCCGGAAGCUGAAGGAUAUUGUUGCUAAACUGUUUGAACUUUGGAAUUUGAUGGAUUCAUCAAAAGAAGAGAGGAACGGUUUCUCAAGUAUCACUUCUAUUCUUGGAUCUUCAGAAUCAGAAAUCACAGAUCGAGGAGCUCUUUCCCCAGAAAUGAUAGAAAAGGCAUCAGCAGAAGUGGAGAGGCUAGCGAAGCUGAAAGCAAGCCGAAUGAAGGAACUUGUUUUGAAAAGGCGGUCAGAGCUAGAAGAAAUAUGUAGAUUGACUCAUAUUCAACCUGAUACAAGCACUGCUGCUGAGAAAUCUAGCGCAUUAAUAGAUUCUGGCCUAGUUGAUCCUUCUGAACUAUUAGCAAAUAUUGAGGCCCAGAUUACAAAGGUGAAGGAUGAGGCUUUGAGCAGAAAAGAAGUCACAGAUAGGAUAGAUAAGUGGCUUUCUGCCUGUGAAGAGGAGAAUUGGCUUGAAGACUAUAAUCAAGAUGAUAAUCGGUACAAUGCUGGAAGAGGCGCUCACAUUAAUCUUAAACGUGCAGAAAGAGCAAGAGUGACUGUAAGCAAAAUACCAGCAAUGGUCGACAAUCUUAUCUACAAAACACUAGCCUGGGAAGAUGAAAAGAAGACACAUUUUCUUUAUGAUGGGGUGCGAUUGGUGUCUAUAUUGGAGGAUUACAAGUUGACCAGACUACAGAAAGAAGAAGAAAAGAGAAGAUCCAGGGACCAAAAGAAGCUGCAAGAUCUACUCAAUAACCAAAAGGAAGCCAUGUAUGGGUCCAAACCUAGUCCAAGAAAAAGUAACAGCUUCAGGAAGACAAAUGGGUAUCGGUCCAAUGGCAAUGGGUCAAUGACUCCUACACCUCGACGCAACUCAGUAGGAAGUGGAUCAUCUGAACUUCUUACACCGCGUUCAUACUCUGGACGCCAAAAUGGAUAUUUUGAGAUGAGAAGAUUGUCUACUGCUCCUCUGAACUUUGUGGCUAUCUCUAAAGAAGAUACAAUGUCUUACGCAUCUCUCUGUGGUUCGGAGCCUGGAUCCCCUCCCCAGGGCUAACUUAAGAAAACAGAAGGGAUCGCAUACUAUCUCCUUGGCCGUGCCUAGCGUAAACCUUGUGAAUAUGAGGAUUGUAUACAGUUAUGUGCUUGUAAUAAACGGAGAUAUACAUGAGCAAUGAUUACUGGCAAUUGAGGACACAGAUUUGGAUGUUUAUGGUUUGAAGAUGAUCAAGCUUCUGGGAAGCAUUGAUCGAUCGAUGCUCGUAGGGACAGUUCAGGACUCCUCUUGCCAUCUGAACUAGGAUAGCUUUACUGACCGCGUAUAAUGUUGUGGGUUUUGUUUGUGUUCCAUCGUCUAUGUAUCGACCUGUAUAUAUGUUUUUCCCGUGUGAUGGUAAGAAUUUUAUGUAGGAGCUGAGAUUUAUUAAUAGGAUUCAUAUCGUAGGAAAGUUAUGUGAUAUGCCUCAUGCAAAGUGUUUUUGCUAUUUCUGAUCACCACAACCUUAUUGAUGAUCCCGGCUUUGACCUUGGUUUACUGGAUUGGGAAUUAGGAAGUUUCA